GUCACCAGAGUGGGACAGUUACUCAACUCAGAAACCAUAAGCUCUCAGAUGCCACAAUGGAUACCUGUUUUCGCACACUUUGUGUGACUUUUGUUCUGGCAUCCUUUACGCGGAGAUCAGGUGCGGUCGGACCGGUUAUAAGAUGCGAACCAUGUGAUGUUGGAGCGCGGCUUUUGUGCAAACCCUUACCCAAGGACUGCGCCGAGAGAGUCCGCGAACCGGGCUGCGGCUGCUGCAUGACUUGCGCGCUCAGUUUUGGCCAGCCGUGCGGAGUGUACACGGGGAGAUGUGGCUCCGGGCUGACUUGUCAGCAUCAGCCCGGUGAAACUAAACCUCUGCAGGCUCUGUUGGAGGGACGUGGAAUCUGCGCUAAUGCUACCAACAAAAGACAAACCACCGGACCCACACCUCCAGUCAAUGAACUACCUGUGGAGAAUGUUGAGAAUCAGGAAGAGGAGCGAAAUUCCACCAGCCCAGAUCUUCAACCCUCGUACAGCACCAGAAGACCCACCGGCCCCCUGAGACUACCACUUCAUUCCUUCUUCCACUCUGCCAAGGCGGAUGUCCUGAGACGGGAGCAACAGAAAAGAGCCAAGAGCUUCAAAAUGGAGGAGCUCCCAGGACCACUCAUCACAGACCCGCAGAACUUCUCUCUGGAGACCAAACAGGAGCCUGAGUAUGGUCCCUGUCGGAGAGAGAUGGAGAGCAUUCUCAGCAACCUCAAGAUCACAGACAUUCUCAACCCCAGAGGUUUCCGCAUACCCAACUGCGACAAGAAGGGCUUCUAUAAGAAAAAGCAGUGCCGUCCAUCCAAAGGCAGAAAGCGAGGGUUCUGCUGGUGUGUGGACAAAUAUGGGCAGCCCUUGCCAGGUUUUGAUGGGAAGGAGCGAGGAGACGCCCAGUACUACAACUCCGAGAGCCAAUAG